AAAUAAUAAAGAAUGAAAAAUAGAGAAAAAAUAUUAAUAUAGUGAGAAAAUUGAAACCAACAACUACUGAAUGAUUUUUACUUUAAGUAGUUUUAAUUUCGGCUCUUUUAGAAGUCAAAAACAUCAUAUGAAAGGAGCUAAACAGUGUAAAUAGAGUCAAUAGCUCUAAAUAAAAUCUAAUAUUGUACAAUUUAAAAUAUUAAGUGUGAAAAAAAGUUAAAAUAAUAAUUCAAAAUAGAGCAAGAACGAAAUCCACUUUUAAUACAGUCAGACUCUGAAGCAGACCUAUGCGAAGGACGAGUGACGAUAAAUAUAAGAAAAAUGCCAUCUGAAUGCUUGGAGAAUAUUAUCAAAUAUCCGCGAGCAAUAUUGCGUCUAUUGUUUGUGAUAUUAAAUAAUAUUUAUUGUAUUCCCACAUACCUCAUAUGGAUAUUCUUACUUCUACCAUUACGUAAACUUCAUCCAGAUACUUUUUAUUGGAUUGAAGGCAAACUAUUCCAUUGGUUGAUAGCGAACGUUGUAAUGUGGGGCUAUUCAGCUGGAUAUGACAUUGUUGAGGUCGGUGAUGAUAUAACGCCGGCUCUAGAUCAACGUACAUUGGUUCUAGUCAAUCAUCAAUCAACAGCAGAUGUGCCUAUGCUGAUGUCAACAUUUAAUACAAAGCAAGAGGUGCUACCGAAUAUUAUGUGGAUUAUGGACAAAGUUUUUAUGUACACAAAUUUCGGCAUCGUGAGUUUAAUUCAUCAAGAUUUCUUCAUUGGAUCUGGACCUCGACAACGUGAAUUGGCUUUGGUUCAAUUGAGAUCGCAUAUAGAAAAGGCAUACAUUCCAAGAAAAAGAGAAUGGAUGGUAUUAUUCCCAGAAGGUGGAUUCUUGAGAAAGAGGCGUGAAGCAAGUCAGCGCUAUGCUCAAAGGAAUAACCUUCCAAUGCUACGAUAUGUAACUUUACCGAGAAUUGGAGCGAUGAAAACGAUUAUUGAUCAGUUAGGCACGGGGCAAGAAAUCGAGAACAAUCCCACACAAUCAACAACACCCCCUCAAUCGAUGAAGAAUAUAAACAAACUUAUUGACGAGGAAGGAGAUGAAUUUUAUAUUGAUAAUGAAUAUACAAAUCAAAAAACACCGCCAGAUACCCCAUUGAAGAAUGCUUAUAAUGCAGCAAAUCAUAAUAAUAAUGAUAAAAGUAAUAGACAAACACAGAGAAUCAUUGAUGAUGAUGAGAAUCUUAAAGAAAAGAUUAGUGAAAAUGAAGUAAGUUCUCGGAAAUCGCUCAAAUAUAUAAUUGACAUCACCGUAGCUUAUCCAGACGCGAAAGCUUUAGAUUUGGGAGAUAUUGUUUUUGGAUUAAGGAAGUCAGCGUCAACACACAUGCUUUAUCGGAUGUAUCGUUGUUCUGAGGUUCCACGCGAGGAAGAACCUCUAACAAAGUGGCUGUACGAUAGAUUCGUAGAAAAAGAAGAGCUUUUAGAAAAUUUUUACAAUACCGGCUCAUUUGCGUAUCCAUCAGAAGUACAACCAACAGUUGUAUCACAAGAUCUGUUAAGAUUCUUUUUAAUUCAUCUCUUCUUCAUUACAUCAUCCUACUUACAUUUUCAAAUGCUUAGUAUGCUUUAUACAACAAUAUUUCCUCUGAAUGGUGGCACUUAAAUUUAAGUAAUUUAGGAUUUAUUUAAUAUUUAAUAAUAAUAAUAUUUUUUUUUUGAUUCGUCAAUUCACAUAACGUCAACCAGAACAAUCGUGGCAAAAUGUGGAUCUCAUUCUUUGAUAUAAUUGUGUAUGAAUGUAGAGCAACUGUUCUGUUUAACAUCAUCAAAUAUUCUCUUUUUUAAAGUAAGUGAAAAUAAGAAACAAAAGUAAAUAUACGAGAUGGCAGCAUAAAAUGAAUCAGUAAUGUUUGUAGGCACAAUUAAAGUGGUUUGAUACAAUUUUUAUGAAUGCACAAAAGAAGAAGAUUAUUUUUUUUGUACUGACGAGGCCUAUACACGACAAGAUAUUUACUGAUUGUUAAUAAUUUUUCUCGGCAGUAUUAAAAAUGUGUGUGAAAUAAUUAACAAGA